AUGUCCACCACUGGUGGUUACGUAGCUGCUGGUGUCUGUGCCCUGGGCGUCAUCGCAGCCCUGAUCAGCAUCGCCCAUGUCGCCAACGAUAUCACUGCUCUACAAGAUGAAAUCUACAGCGGCAUGACUGAAUUCCGAGAGAUUGCUGAUGACACCUGGGAUCGCCUUCUUGUACUACAAAGUCCCACAGGCGAAUCCAAAAAUCCGACACUGACAAGUCUCUUCCGUCCGAAGCGCUACGCUUUUCCUGAUAGUUGCCAGUGCGCAGUCUCUUCAGUUGGCUGCCCUGCAGGGCCACCCGGACCGCCAGGAGCUCCAGGAGCACGUGGCCUCGAAGGAGCGGCGGGAGAGCCUGGUAGACCAGGAGCAUCCGGCGUCAGUCUCCUUGUUACACAACACAUUCCUGGAGGCUGCAUCGUCUGUCCACCAGGCCCACCAGGUCCACCAGGACCCGACGGUCCUAUAGGAGAACCUGGAUACCCGGGAGUUAUCGGCGUAACGGGACCAGCAGGCCUGGAUGGCAAUAUGGGACCACCAGGUGUUGAUGGGAAUCCAGGUCAACAAGGGCCUCCAGGUUUCGAUGGUGCAAAUGGUCCAGAUGGCGUGCCCGGAUUCGCCUACUUCCCAGGAUCUCCAGGACAGGCUGGAGAGCCAGGAUGGGCUGGUGAGCCAGGUUUGCCAGGAAACGCCGGCGCUCCAGGCAUGCCUGGAGCAGCCGGACUUCCUGGACAACCUGGAUUCCCCGGUAGUCCUGGCCACGAUGGCCAUCCUGGUAUUCAAGGACCGAUGGGACGACCUGGCGAUCCUGGCGAGGAUGCUCACUACUGUAACUGUCCACCACGCCAAGAAGAAGAUAAGAAGACUCUGGCAGUGGAGCAACAGGGAUACCGCAAGAGACGCAAGCUUAGAGCCUAA